UUUCGCUAGCUUUAGACGCCUGUAGAAUGCGCGGCAAAGGUGCUUCUGGUAUUGGCGGGUGUUGUCAAAGUUGUUACUCUGUUGUAGGUUAUGUGUUUUGAAUGGGAGGGUGUUUCGAACCUCCUAAGGUUUGUGUACGGCUGUUGAAGUAAUUCACUUACCUACGAUGAAGGGCAUUAUUGAAAGAAUCACAUUGAAAAAUUUUAUGACUUUUGAAGAUGUUGAAGUAAAGCCACACAAGAAUCUGAAUGUAAUUAUUGGCCCAAAUGGAAGUGGUAAAUCAACCAUUGUAUCAGCUAUAAUUUUGGGACUUGGUGGGAAACUGAAACUUGCAGACCGUGGAUCCUCUCUUGCAUCAUAUAUUAAAAUUGGCUGUAAAGAAGCAAAAAUUGAAAUAGAGUUAAGAACUGGUACAACCUCAACAACAGUGAUCUCCCGCGUGUUUAACCUAGAUAACAAAUGUGUGUGGAGAAUUGAUGGCAAAGUUGUGAGCUCUAAACAGGUUGAUGAUAAGGUUGCAGAGUAUAACAUACAAAUUGGUAAUUUGUGCCAGUUUCUUCCACAAGAAAAAGUUACUGAUUUUGCAAAGAUGAACCCCCAGGUGUUACUGGAGAACACAGAAAAGUCUGUGGGAGGUGAAAAAAAAUUGGCCCAAAUGCAUGAACAGCUGAAAUGUUUGACUAAAGAAAUAAAGGAGUAUGAAAAGAAAAUAAAUGAAUAUCAAGCAGCAGUGGAGAAUGAUGAACAAAUGAAUUCCAGGUUGGCAGUGACAGUAAACAACAUUAAGGAGAGGAUGGCCUGCAUAGAAGCUGUGAAAUUAUUAAAGAAGAAGAGAGUAUGGGCUGUAUACAAAGCACACAAAGUGCACACUGAACAGAAACAAAAGGAAAUGGCAGAAGCUGUUGCUGACUUGCAGAGAUGUAAAAAGGAAUUUGAACCAUUUGCGUCUCUAUUGGAUGGUGCGAACAAGAGAUUGCAGACAGCCCAGAGUAAAUUAAAUACAUGUAAAAUAAGAACGAGGGACAAAAUAAACACUCUGAAAAAUGAAUCUGUUUCUAGAGAACCUGUAUCUGAGAGAAUAGAAUAUGUUAAUCAGGAAUAUAAAAAGAAAAUUGAAGCAGAGAAAUCUCGAGAGUCAGAAUUGGCGGCAUUGCAGUUACAGUUGAACAAAAUGCAGAAUGAUUUGCGUGAGCUCAGUAAACAGUCUGAUGACUCUACACACACUCAGCUGAAGGAAGUUCAAGAACAGAUCUCAAAAGUCGGUGAUUCCUGCAACAUCUUUCGUCACAAGUGUGAAGACUAUAAAAGCAAGGUGUCGUAUAUAGACCAUGAAAUAAGAGCACAAGAUUCAGAGUUGCUAAGACUCAGAAAUGUAGCAAAUCAACGACUCUCGCUGCUGCAACACAGGCAUCCUGAUGUCUACAGAGGAACUAUGUGGCUACGUGAAAAUAAACAUCGUUUCUCUGGAAAUGUUUAUGACCCUAUUGUCUUAGAGACCAAUUUGAAAGAUCCAAGUUAUGCGAAGUACGUGGAAGCUGUCAUUGCAAACAGGGACUUACUAGCCUUUACAUUUGAGGACAAAGAUGAUAUGAACAAUGCAAUGAGGAUACUAAGAGAUGAAAUGAACUUAAGGCUAAAUUUUUUACAUUCUGGUGAAAUGCAUCAACCAUCUUCACACUAUAAAUCAACCAUACCAAUCAAGCACUUGAGGGAGUUUGGCUUCAAAACUUAUAUUUCUGAUGUAAUUGAAGCACCAGAAGCCAUUCUUAAAUACCUUCUAAGAACAUAUGGCCUGCAUAAUAUCCCAGUUGGAACGAAACAAACUGAUGCAACAUUUGAGAAAGUGCCUGCAAGUAUAAGAUUGUUUUUCUCAGAAAGCAGCAGAUAUUCUGCCUCUUACUCAAUAUAUUCCGGAGAAAAGCUUACGGAGAAUAGUCGUGUGACAGAAGCAAAUUAUUUCACACGAUCCAUUAGUAUUAAAGAAAUACAAGUAAUAGAAGAGAGGAAAGAAAAAUUAUUACAGGAAAAGCAGCAAAUUUCACAUGACCAUCACACAGUGGUACAGCAAUUAAUGCAUCAAGAGAGCAAAUUGAAAGAGCUCGUUAAUAAGAGAAAACAAAUACAAGAAAUUGUGCAGAAUCGGCAGGCACUCGGUGCACGCAUUAAGAUGAAGCAAAAUCACAUAAAUUCACUUGAAAAGAAUAAGAUUAAUAUUGAAGAAGAAGAAGAAAAGUUCAAAAAGACUGUUAAGAAAAUAAUUUUAGAUGCUUUCAACAGUGAAAGUAAAUCCCACGAAACUCUAAAAGAAUAUGUGGAAUUGAUGAACAACUUAAGGCUGCUUCAGUAUGAGACAGAAGACACUGCAGCUGAAGUGGAAAGGUAUCAGCAUGAUGCUCAGGAAAUAAAGCAGAAAUGUUUAGAACUUGAGAACACAGUUCGAAAGUUGAAAGGAGAGUUGUCAGAACUGCAAACGCAGCAGAAACAGUUACUCAGACAUGCAGAAAAGGCAAUUGCAGAUGUGAAAGGUAAUAAAGAUACAUUCAGAAAUGUGCAACAAACAGUUCAAGAUUUGGAUAAGAAGAUACAAACAGAACAAGCAAAGGCAGAUUUCAUUGGUGAUGUUGACACUGGGGUUAUUGCAGAAUUUGAAGCAAGAGGAAAAAAGAUUAUAGAAGGUAAAUCAAAAGUCAGUACUAUGCGUGAUAAUCUUCAAAGACUUCAAGCUGGCCUCGAGCGGUGUAGAAACGACUGGCUGACACCACUGCAAGAAUUAGUUGCAAAAAUCAAUAAUAAUUUUGGAAGGUGCUUUGAAGAAAUGGGAUGUGCUGGUGAAGUGCUUUUGAGUAUGGGAGAAGACCAGAAUGAUUACGAUCAGUAUGGUCUUCAUAUAAGAGUAAAAUACAGAGAUGGAGAGCAGCUACGUGAGUUAAGCCAAAACUUGCAAAGUGGAGGUGAACGAUCAGUUGCAACAGCAAUUUACAUGAUAGCGCUGCAAGAAUUGACAUUCGUGCCAUUUCGCUGUGUAGAUGAAAUAAACCAAGGCAUGGAUCCACGAAAUGAACGUGCAGUGUUCAACUUUCUGGUUAAGGCUGCAACUCGCCCAGAUACAUCACAGUAUUUUUUAUUGACACCUAAGUUGCUGCCAGACUUGGAGUACCAUGACAAUAUAAAAAUUAUUAUUGUCAAUAAUGGAAACAUAGCAAAUAACUACCAGCUGUGGAGAUGUAAGGACUUCCGCAAUCCUGACAAAAGAAGAAGAGUGUAACUGUUAAAUGUAUUUAAAUAAGUUAUAUUUAUUUUUAUAAUUUUUUAUCAUGUUUUAUGUAAUACUUCAUAUGAAAAACUUGCCACUGUGAAUGUUUGCUGCCGUGGCAUUUCAGUGUUAUGUAUUUAAAACUUAUGAAUAAAAUUUGGCUUUAAUUAUAAAACUAUGUAGUGUCUUGGUGUCUAUGUUUUUCUCUCUAGCACUUUCACUCUUUGUUAUAAAAGGCAUUUAUGAUAAAACAUUUGUGUUUAGCAGACCCUAGUAUUUGUUCAGAUGGUUAAGAAGCCUUUUAAAUUGCAAUUAUAUAUAUUUAUGUGGAGGACAGAUACGCAAGAGGCAUUCAGUAAAUAUGAAGAUGAGGUCUUCGCCUACUGAAGUUUCAUUAUGAUGCCACCAAAGCAGAGGAUGCUUAAACUAUGACUCAAAUUCUGAGUUAUAUCUCUCAAAAUUAUUUUAUUCAAGACAUCACAACAAAAUUUGUAUGUUUGACUGUAAUGAACACAAUGGAAAAUACAGAAAAAACUGAGUACAAAA